AUGACUCUUACCGUACUUCUGACCCUUCUGAACUACGCAAUUGCGGAGCAUGUACCUAUGCAGGUUCAUUCUCCCCAGAACCACUAUCUGCACCAGUUUGGAACACAGCGGCUACAGUCUAUGCCGACACUGAUACCCAAUGAUGGCUCCUUAUUCGCGCCUUCGUUCACAGUCAACCAUCUGGCUCCAUCAUUUCCCAUGGUCCGAAAGUUAUCAAUAGAGAUCUUGCCGGAAACGACGCAAGCCUAUGAUGAUAAUGCAUAUCCUACUAUUGCAUCACAAUUUACUAUUUCACCGUCCUUUUACACUCAAACAGAGCCUGACUUACCAAUUCCCGCAUUUACGGUCUCGCCCAAAAAGACGAAAACCAAAAUGAGCAAGCUCUCGUUCAGACCGAUAAAGAAUGAAACUUCUGGAGCUGCCGCGCAUGUGUCCGUGCCCAGUCAUCGUCUUCUCAACGAUAUUUUAGUCAUUCCAUCCAGUCGUCGUCUUUACAUUCUCGCUAUUAUUCCAAUACAUGAAUCAGCUGAUAAUCAGGUUUUCGAAUGCGGUAGGGUGGAUUUGAAUGGUUUCGUUCGAUUGGCUGCUUUUUUAGACACGCUUAAUCAGGUAAACUCGGACAAAAUUCUCAAAGAUGCCGGUUUAUCUCUUGGAGCAGUCAUUAUCGAUAGUUGCUCGUCAGAUUUGAGGACUGUAGCAGAUCUGUUUGAGCUCCUCUCUGGAACAAACAUACAAAAGUAG